AUGCAUCUUCAGCACUUGCAUGUGCACCGGAGAGCCGAUGGGCUUUUCGGAUUCGGCAACAUUGCCCAUGAGAUUGACGUCUCUGCCGACGCUUCGAAGCGCGAUGUCGAGAAGCGAGAACCUCAAGCAGUAAAGACCGUCUUCAAGACUAUUGAGGCGACAUUUGAAGGAGCUAUUGGUGGAUACAAGACAGUGGGCAGUGAGCCUGAACCCACAGGUUCUUCAAAGGACGACCAUGAAGAUGAUGAAGACGACGAUGACAAGAAGAAGGAGGCCGAGGAAAAGAAGAAGGAAGAAGCGGCUGAAAAAGAAAAGGAAGCCGAAGAAGCUAGAGAGAAGGCCCAAGAGGCCAAGGAGAAGGCUCAAGAAGAGGCCAAGAAGAAGGCCGCUCAAGAAAAGGCCGAGGAAGAGGAAGAGGAGGAAGAGAAGGAAAAAGAGCAAGAGAAGAAGGAACAGGAAGAGGCUGCCAAGAAAAAGGCUGCUGAAGAGGCCAAGUCUCGCAGUGAGGCCGAAAACGACACAACCGAGAAGGAGAGCUCGACCAUCAAGCCCACCAGAACUCGCGCUCAAGUCACCAGCAGUAACGAGGCCUCAUCUAUUCCUACCGUUAUCAGUCACCCAACCGAGUCCCAGUCUAUCGAAUCCAUCCUAGCCAAGGCAACAGGCGCCGCCUCUGCCUCCACAACCAUCGAUGAGGUGGCCGACAUUUCUGGAACCUCCAGUCUCCCCAGCUCUACUUCUGUUCCUGAUGCUACCGGCACCAGCGCAGGAGCCAAGGCUGGAAUUGCUUUUGGUGUUCUAGGCGGACUUCUCGCCAUGGGAUUACUGAUAUUCUUUGUCUUCUCCAAGCGUCGCAAGCAGGCCGAGAUGGAACGACUCGAGAACGAUGAUGAGAAGCUUCAUGGCCCAAUGGUUGGUCGUGGUGGUGCUGCUCCUCCCAUGGCUGCCGCUGCUGCCGUGCGUCGAUCCAUGAGCCCUGAACCUUUUGAGCCCGACACCUCGUCCGUCCGCGCAGAUGCGCAGGCUCCUCGUGUUAGCCUCCGACCCGUCACUCAAUUCCUCCCUAACUGGAACGGUAUCGAAAACCAGAAGCGCUCAAGCAAGGGUGCUGCCUUGGCUCUAGCUGUGCCUGCUUCUACUUCUCCUUCAGCCAAUGGUCCUUUGUCACCACGAACUCCCGGCGGUAGUGCCUGGGAACGCCCGUCUACAGCUCAGAGCGUUGAUCCUGCGAACCCCUUCGGCUCACAGGCUGAGCGUGUCCCCUCGCCUGUUCAAGAGGAAACUGCCUCUGUCCACCGUGCUUCUCCUAGUCCACUAUCCGAAAAUUCAGCCAUCGGUGUCUCGGCCUCUGUCUCACCUCAAUCGCCCUUUGAAAAUCCCGUCACCGCCACUGGAGCCGCUGUUGCUGCCGGAGUUGGAGCUGCAGCAGUCGCCCGCAAGACAUCGAUACGCAAGGAUGGCCCACCUCAACUUGACCUGACAAUUCCUAGCGCCCCUAUGGCAGCCAUCCCUGGCAGCCCUGCCGGUACCGACUACAGCAAUACUUCUGCUACAGGUGGUGCUCCCGAGAGUCCUUCUGGCGGUGCAGCCGCCAUUGCAGCUGCUGGAGGACCUGCUACCUCGGCUGUCCACCGCGUGCAACUCGACUUCAAGCCUACUAUGGACGAUGAACUGGAACUGAACGCUGGUGACCUUGUCCGACUCCUUCACGAAUACGAUGACGGCUGGGCGCUCUGCAUCCGACUUGACCGAUCUCGACAAGGUGUUGUUCCUCGAACUUGUCUAUCAACUCGCCCCGUGAAGCCUCGUCCUGCGCAAAACGGUCCUCGACCAGGUCCUCCUGUCAAAGGCGGCCCUCCCCGUGGACCCGGGCCUAUGGGACCCAACGGCGGACGCCCUCAAUCACCCAUGGGACCCCCUGGUCGCCCUCAAAUGGGCCCCGGACCCCGCGUCCAGUCUCCUGGACCUUUCCAAGGCCCCCCUCAAGGUCGCAUGAGCCCCGGACCCCGAUCACAAUCGCCUGGUCCCCGUAAUGGACCACCAGGUGGCGGACCCAUGAGCCCUGGACCUCGCUCUCAGUCACCCGGGCCCGCUGGUGGACGUUCUCAAAGCCCCAGCGGAGUGAACCGAAGAAACAAUCCUCCUGGACCCAGCCCCAUGAAUCCUUCUCAAGGGCCAACUUCUUCAGGCUCACUCAACAGAAAGCCCGUCCCUGGCCAGGCUUAUUAA